AUGGCGGGUUCCAAGGGUAAGGAGGCAUUUCGUAGGCCUCUGCGCCAACUCAAAACUCCGCCCGGAAAACGCUCAGCUCCGCUGAGCCUUUUCCCCUCGAGCCCCGCUCAUCAAUCAUGGUCGCGACAUCGAUCCCUGACUCAGUGCCAAAGUUUGGCAGAUGCUGGGUUAGGAGAAGUAAUCGGUGUCGCUUCCCUCUCCUGUGCUGGCUCUCUCUCUCUCAGACCACGUCUAUCCAGCACAGUGAUCCUCGCAUCUAGGCUCCGCCUAUCGUUUUCUACAAACGCACUCUAAUCACUAUCCUUCUGGUUCAGACUUCGUCUGCUAGAAGAAUCUCUUCAGAUUUUCUCUGGCCCUCCCUCCACUCCCUCUUCUUUCUUUUUAUCUCUCUUUUUUUCUUCUCAUAAAUGACUUUAUUCUAAUGUACUUGUAUCCACAUUUGUACGCGUAGUGUAGUGUAGCUUACACUCCCCAGCCUA